AGCAAGAUCCGAUAUGGCGUCCGAGAGGCUACGGUUUCACUAAGGAGGGAUUAAAGGGCGGAGCGGGACUGGACGCGCGUUGGCUUGGCUGCGAAUAAUGAACGAAGACGUGGUUGCUCCGCUUACUGGCGAUACUCGGGAUUAGCAGCGGGUUGGAUAGCCGAGAUAAUAACGGGGGAUCUAGAAAUGGGGCGAGCAUCGGUUUGUUUAUUGAAAUCUCUAAAAAGAGGCGAUUUCCAUCACCGGGAAUAAGGGCGAACGGUAUUUAACGGGAGUUUAGUCGCGAUCUGAUGGCGACCGAAUGUACGCGAGAAUCGGUUUUAUGUUUUCUAACGGAAAGAGGAGGGAGAGUGAAGAACGCGGAUUUGAUCGACCACUUCCGCUGCUUCGUCAGCGCUGACCCCGAGAGGAAAGCUGCCGUUAAAGAGGCGUUUAAGAGCUACGUGGACAGCGUCGCGGUGGUGAAAGUGGAAAACGGAGAGAAAUUCGUCUGCCUGAGGAAACGGUUCAGAGGCUCGGCGAAGCGGGAGGAUGGCCAUCACGUCGUGGAUACGAGCCUCGGAGCUGCCGUUGCCCAUGACAACCGCAGGGACGAGCGCCUCGCGCCUGUCAGACCAAACGAGUUUCGCGGGCACGCGCUCGGCACCACCGUCCCGUCAGAGGACAAAAAUGCAAAACGAGAAAUACCUGCGCCUGUCUCGGUGCGCGCCGGCGCAGGUGCGAGCACACCUACGAAUACUUCUCAUACCGGUCCGGAUGGAUCGGCUCCUUCGUGCGCUUCGGUAUCCGAGGAUAAAAAGGAAAUGGGGAAUCUACACGCCGGGAGAGUGGACUCUGAGGACCACGGGAGGUCUCAUCGGAGGUCGGAAGAAACUCUGCAAAGUACAAAAAAAUCUAUUCCGGAGGUCGCGGUGACCGAACCGUCUCCUCUACCGGCGCAUGACGGAAGCCAGUUCUUCCCGUGUUUACCGACGCUUACCGAAGCCCCGAGCGAGGGCAGACCCGAUCGGAGUCAUCGAAAGGGUGGCGACGAGGAGGAGGGCGCGGCAGGGAGAAGACGCUCGGACUCCGCGGGCAGCACGCCCAAAGGGAGUCGGAAGUGUUUUCUCGAGCACAUGAUGAGCAGCUCGCCGCAGGUCCGACGCAGCAUGGUGCUCAGGCACAGCCGACACGGGACCAAGAGCGACAGCGACUCGUCGUCGGUGACCUCCUCGCACGCCGAAGAGGAGAGCGCGGCCGCGACCCUCGACCCCGUGGAGCACGAAUGGAUGAUGUGCGCGUGCGACGGUGAAUGGGACAGCCUGCAUCGGCUGCUGAACCGCGAGCCCGGCCUGGUUUCCAAGAAGGACUUCGUGACGGGUUUCACGUGCCUGCACUGGGCCGCCAAGCUGGGAAAGCACGAGCUGCUCGCCCGGAUCGUGAACUUCGCGCGGCGACGUGGCGUGGCGCUCGACGUGAACGCGCGCUCGAGCGCCGGCUACACGCCUCUCCAUCUGGCCGCCAUGCACAACCACGUCGAGGUGAUCAAGAUGCUGGUGGGCGCGUGCGACGCCGACGUGGAGGCGCGCGACUACAGCGGCAAGAAGGCGAGCCAUUAUUUGCGCAGCGACGUCGCGCGAGACGUCCUCGACAUAACGGGCGCCGACGCCACCUGCGACCCCGAGAGCGACGAGCUCGCGCUGGGAGACGAGGCAGCUCGGUGGAAGCUGCCCCGAGUCCUUCAAGCCAACCUGAGGCUGCUGAAGCGCAGCGCGAGCGAAGAGGACGACCGGGACUGUGUCGGGGGGCUCGCGAGGGACAGGCCGCUUCGCCGGAAAUCGUCGUUUAACAAGCUGAAGCCCAGACUGGGAAAGACGCGCGCGGGGAUCGCACCGAUCGUUCACAGCACUUCUCACUUUGAGCGGCUCGAGGGAGCCGUGGGUCAGACUUCCGGUCCGUUUAAAAGCAGACCCAAGUCAAACCUGUUUGGGUGAUUCUGCCUGCGCGCGUCCGGUUGAGCUCAGACUUCUUCUCAGACUUGCCGCCUCCACACACACACACACACACACACACAGGGAUGAGGGGUCUGGGAGAUUUUUUUUUUUUUUUUUUUGGGGGGGCAAAUAUUUCUCCUUGUACACCUGCUACAAGGUGAACAUUCCGAGUGCACGGAAAACACCACUGAAUUUAUCACCAGCACCUGAGAUACAGAUGAGUGCAAAAGUUUGCAUCCCCCUGGGGAAAAAAAAUUAUCUAGAAACAAUUUCGUGUUAAUAUUGCUUUAUUCAAAACCGGUCGAGUCAAAGUCAAGACUUUCUCUGUCUUUAAAGGUUGCAUCUCACUGACAUGCUCUGGCACGCUCUGUUGAAUUCAUUUUACUUUCUUAAUUCACUUUAACUUGUAGCCAGACUCUAAAGCAGUUUGCUGAAAUCAAAGCAGCCCAGAAUGAAAACAGCUUCUACAAACAAAUUGUAGUUCGUGUGGGAAAAUGAGUCUCGAUCCAAAACGAAUACCAGCAGCCUGCAAAAGUCUUCAUUACAUCACAGUUAAAACUGUCAUUUUAAUUGUCUCACCACUGACACGUUGCCGACCUUUUAUAACAAAGGAUCUUCUCAAAACAAACAAACAAACAAAGUUAAAUUACACUAAACUCCUUGCUGGUGUGUUUUUGAUCAUUUUUUAAAUGAAGGAAUGCGAACUUUUGCACUCAGUUGUACAAGAUAUUACAUGCAGUCUUUAGCUGAUCUCACACACACUGCAGGCUUUGAAUACAUUUUAUUAUGAUGCUAUUUUAAACGCUUUUGGAUAUGGUAUUAGGCCCGUCGUCUGGUACGUUAUUACUUCAAACGCCUUUGUAAAAAUAUUGAACCAAAUCUGAACCGAUUCUCCACCGAGAAGAGUGCCAGAGUUGAUAUAUACCCGUCAGGCUGACUGUCAGAAACAUGGGUACAGGAGGAGUCCUUUUCUGUACCCUAAGGUACAAUCUACACUAAUGUACGAACCCUUAUGGUUCACUGUGGGAGCUCAAGGUAACCGUGUGUACCUUUUCAGGGCCAAAAAGGUACUUACACGUUCCUCAGCGGUGUAUAAAGAGUUCCUUAGAGGGUACUGCCCCGGCGACGAGCCGUUUUACCCCUGAAGGUACAAUAACGUACUUAUACCAGCCAUAAAUUUAGUGACCAUGUUUAUUUUUAUUCCCUUACGAAUGUUUAUUUGAUGCAAAGCACCUCGUGGACCUGCCUGGUUAAAAGGGGAGUUAAAACUCGAACGAUUUAACACCAGCGUUGGUGAAUUGUGUGUGUGUAUAUGUGUGUGUGUGUAUACGAAUUAAAGUACCUGAAGAUCCGCCUAUCUGAACUGACGUCACGGUCACACGACUGAUUUUUGCAAUACAAACGUUUGCCAAGUACGCAAGAACACACUCGAGGGUGUGCCGUUAUCGGAAAAUAAUCAACGACGGGGGAGCAUGGUGCAACCCGACGCGCAGGCGAGCUUAUUCUCAUGGUGUUUACAAUAUGCUUUAUUCCUCUUAUACUACAGCGAUUUACCAGUGUUUGUUAACGAACCAACGCAGAUGUUAUAAAGGCCCGUUCCCUCGUCGAUCUCUCUUCCAAAGAUUGUAAGAUGCAAGUGAGGUUACUGAAACUGGAAAUUCCUCUGUUUCGUAAGUGUAAAGCGCUGACGCUGGAGGACUCCUUCCGUAAAGGUGAAGAAACCUUCAGCGUGGCGACAAUUCGACGUUUUUCUUUGCUGUUCUUUAAUCCCUUGACUUCAUGCGGAGCCGUACGUUCUGUAGACGUCCCUCUGAACGAGCUGUUCCUAGAGAAACGUUGUACGAAUGAGCACGAGAAAAAAAAAAACCAUAAACACCAGGUUGGUCUGUAAGUGUAGCUUUGUAUCAGUGACGCUAUUUAAUUUCUACUCUGUGUAAUUUUCAGAUUAAGCGCUUGACGUUGCAAUUUAAUGUGAUAUUUGUUGCACUUUUCAGUAAAACACUAAUAAUUAUAAACCUUUUAUAACAGCUGAGUAGUUAAGCAGUGCAGACAUUUUAUCCCCCCCCCCCCCCCCGAGUUAAGUUGUGAAAAGUCUUUGAGCAUGUCUGAAAAUGUUAGCGCCGUUGUGGUUUCACGUGAGCAAGCUCGAGCUCGUUCCCUCUUCAUACACUGCUGACUUAGUGAUUCAUCAGAUCACUGCUUUGACCAAGAUGAAUUCAGAGUUGGGAUCAACUCUUAAAGGAAAACACCAGAUUUUUUUUUUUUUUUGAUUAAUCACCGAUCAGCAUUUUUGGAGCGUGCAUGUAUGUGAUUAGCACGUUUAAGAGUUUCGGUGUUUCCUCUUGUAUUUCAGAUGUUCAGGAAUAUCACAAAUAUUCGGUGAAAAUGAACAUGGAGUAAGCAGAAGGGCAGAUGUUUGGGGGGGGGAGCAAAAGAUACCCUACUUUUGUCGAAUCCUUAAACUAAUUCUUCAGUUCAAAGUCCUGCGAAUUAAUUUAGAGAAUAUCACAAUACUUUUAGAUGUUUCUACAUUUUUUUUCGAUGCAGCAUAUACAGCACUGUGCAAAGUCUGGGGCACGUGUCAAGAAAUGCUGUAGAGUCAAGGUGCCUUCAAAAUAAUGAAAUUAAACGUUUCUACAUUUAAAAAAAAAAUUGCGUCGAGAGCGGUAAACGGUAAUAAACGAAAGAAAGAAAGCCGAUAUUUGGCGUGACAAUCCUUCGCUUUAAAAAAAAAAUAGUCAUCUCGAAUACGAUUGGUUCGGUUUUGUAAGUUUUCUUGAGCAUCUUCCAGAACCAGACACGGUUCUUUUCUUCUGGACGCUUUGACUGUCGCACUUGCUUCUUAUCUUUUCAGCAAAAAUGUUUCCAUCAGCCUUCGUUAUGGUUUUUUUUGUUUCUUUCUGAAAAGUACAGAUUCUUGACUGACAUACAAACAUUUUACUAUAACAUUUAAUUUUGUACUGGAAAACCCACCUAAUGUCUGGAAUCUAAAAUGUUUUCAUGCCGAUUCGAUAACGCUGUAAAAUAUAACUCUCUCGAUAACAAAGUUUGGACUAAAAAGAAAACAAAUCGGGUUCCGAAACAAAAGACGUUUGCACGGUGCUGUAGAUUUUCCUAGAAAACAUUAAAUGUGUUACGUUUUUAAAAAGUUUUAUUUAACUUUAUUUAAUAUCUACAAAUUAAUAUCUGAACAAAAAUAAUCUGUAAAAAUCUCUUUCAAAUGUGUGAAAGAUACGGUACGGAAAUCGGCUCCUUCUAAUCAGAUUUCGUUCCGUUUAUAUGUAAAAAGCUAUAGAUACCGAUGAUUGAUUUUUACAGCAAAGUAUAUACUUGACUGAUUAAUUAAUUACCUAAACACUAUUAUAUCAUCAGGAUACCGCGAGGAAAACAUGAGCGGAAUUCUGACUAUAUUUUGCUGCAUUGCUUUCCGGUAUUGGAAAGUUUGAUAAAAUUCCCAAGAACAGCUCUUUGAAAGAGUUCUCACCAUUUCUGCAUAACACUAUAGUUUUAAAACUGGAAUUGUGCAUCGUAAGCCUUUUUUUCCCCCCCAACAUCUGGCCCUGGACUUUGAAUGGUGGUGAUUUUUGUGACUUUUUUCUCUUUUGUUUCGUUUUGUUUUUCUCAGUUCAGGGAAACAUCUGGGAAUGAUUGCAUGUAGUAAUCGCACACAGACUACAGAUGUAGACUGUCAGAAACAGGGGUACAGUAGGAGACCAUUUCUGUCCCCGAAAGGUACAAUCUACGCUAACGUACCUCAUAGGGCUCGUUAUUGGACCUCAAGAUAACCAUGUGGACUUUUUGAGGGUCUAAAAGUUACAUACAUAUAUAUAUAUAUAUAUAUAUAUAUAUAUAUAUAUAUAUAUAUAUAUAUUCCUUAGAGGGGACUGAUCCGGUGACGAGCUGUUGUAGCUCUGAAGGUACUUUUAUAAGGUACGUUUAUUUUCCGAGAGUGUAAUAGAUCGAGACGAGGUUGAAAUCGGGAGCGUUUCUUUCGUUUGACUCAAACGCUAGAGUUAACGGCUUGAAGAUUUUCUUAAAAGUUUACGAAAUGCUAAAUUUCUUCAGUGUAUUUACUUCUGACUUUAAGAAUUCUUAUACUGUAGUAUCGCUUGAAGUGACUUUCCAUGACUUCUAAAAAACGAAGAUGACGAAAUGCCGUUAAAAAAGAACGUUUAAGACUACGCUUUAUUAAAGUUCCUAAAUUUAACAUUUAAAGUCACGACUACUUUUCAGAAUACCGAUAAAGAGUCUUAAACUUACUAGUAUACUUAAAGAAUUUCUCAUCAUCUCAUUCUCAUUAUCUCUAGCCGCUUUAUCCUUCUACAGGGUCGCAGGCAAGCUGGAGCCUAUCCCAGCUGACUACGGGCGAAAGGCGGGGUAC